AUGGAGUCGAUCUGGGAGUUCAGGCUCAAGAAGUUGCUCUCCAAGUGUCACGUUAUCGUGGAAGACGGGAAAGUAAUUGCGUUCGCCGUCUGGACCCAGGAGAGCCACUUUGCUGCCGAGCAGCGAGAUGAAUGUCCCCCGGAGGACCUCGCCGAAAAAUUCAAGCUCGUCGGCUCCCGAACGGACGUCUUCGAAAAAGCCAGCGCGUGGAUCCGGGACAGGAUCAAGGACGCCGGCAUUCAAGAAUGGUUCACCAUGCACCUGCUCGUAACAGAUCGUCCCUUUCGUUGCCGCGGCGCUGCAGCGAUGCUCCUUGAGGAGUUUGUAAAGGAGGCCGGAGGGGGAUAUUGUUUGGUCGAAGCCAGCCGAAUGGGGGAACCCCAGUACGUGAAAAAAGGGUUCAAAAAGGUCGCAGUCAUGCCAGUGAGGGUUGAUGUUUGA